CGCUUCUUAACAGCACCCCGGAUAUCUGAAAGGCACGCUUUUCAAUUCUAAAAUGGCAGACACGACCAUAGCCAAUCUCUCACCAGCCGAACAAGCGCAACUAAACUACCGCCAACUCGCCGCAGAGCACAUCCGAGAGCUAAGCUCCGUCAAUGAGCGAAUCCCCCCCCUCCUCCUGACCUCCGCAACCGCCCUCUCCACCCUCACCAACGCGCCCAUCUCCCACCCCUCUUACCCCCAUCCACCACCUCACGCCGACACCCCCGCCUACCGCCAAUCCCGCUUCCUCGACUCUGCUCAAGAAUUCUUUACAUCCAUCACCAGCAUCCGCGAAACGCUGCACGCACAAAUAAACGACUUGCACGAUAACCAUGUCAUCGCGGCGGAGGUGAUGAAAGUGCCUGCAGACACGACGGCGACGGCGGCGACAGGAGGAGUACGAGGGGCAGGAGCCGGGGGGAUAGUGGGAGGGGGGAAGGAAAAGGCAAAAACUGGUAUGGAAGGGAUUACGAAUGGUGGGAUGGGGAGUUUUGAUAUUGGGGUUUUGAAUACGAGGGCUAGGGGUGGGAGGAUUGCGGAUGGAGAGGUGCUUGCACGGUUGGAGAGGCUGGUUGAUGGGUUCGGGAAAGAAGAUGAAGGGGAGGGCAUGUAUGUGGAUGGUUGAGGGGCGCAAGAAGAGGGUUGUUUGCAUGUGAUAUCGUGGAUUUGGCAUUGGUGGUUUUGACAAGCCUAAUGUUUCGUGGACAUUGUUCUCGCGUCCUUCGCGAACUAUGCCCUGACAAGGAGUUCGCUACUCCCAAAACACAUUGAGGAAGAAGAGGCAGCGCCCGUACCCUCGGGCUAGGGUGUUUAGUUCACUAACUACCGACCUAGUAGAACUAUAGCGUCACCGGAGUGAAAUGGCAGAUGAGUUUUGAUUAUAUAUACAAAAUAAACAGAGCUUUAUAUC